AUGGAGAUAAUACCCGUUUCAUGGAGUGACCAGCCCAACCCAAUCCCUAAUCUCCGUACCCGAACGUUCUUCAUUACAGACCAUCCUCUCGACGAGCAAAUCCUCAAAAACGGUCUAAAUAAACUGAUCAGAAAUCAUUGGCGAAAACUAGGCGCGCGUCUUUUCCCAUCGCAUGGGGAUACACGCCUAGAAUACCGUUUACCGCAUGCUUUCCCAGAUGACUAUGAGCUCUUCAAAUGGUCCUCCGUCAGCGCUGGUUAUUCCUAUGGCGAGACUUAUGAAUUGUCCAAGAUUCUGCAUCCAGGCGAUGGUGUAGCCUUUUUACCAGAUAUGGAGACAAUUGACGCGCGGUUGAGGCCGCAGGACUGGCCAUAUGAACGAAAAGACGAGCCGCCUAAUUCGCCGCUGCUGUAUGUCCACUUAACCAUGUUUUCGGAUGGAGCUGUUCUUGCGAUGAGCGUUCCGCAUGUCUUUGCUGAUCAAGGUGGCUUGGCCAAUAUCGUCAAGGCAUGGCUUGCUGUUAUCGAGGGCAAAACACCACCAGAAAUGACAGGUUACAAGGAUGAUGUACUGGGAGGUGAAAAGCUCUCCAACGUUGAUGUCAAUCAGGAUGGACGGAUUGGACGGAUGCGCAUCCGCAGCAAGAAAGACCAGGCGUUGGUGAUUGGAAGAAUUGCUCUCGACCUGGUGAAAGACAGGAAGGAGGAGUCUAGACUCGUUUUUCUACCAAUACAAGUGGUACAAAGUUUGAGAGACAAGGCGAGAGAGCGCUUGGAUGGAAAACACAUGUUGGCGAAUGAGAUCAGCAACGGUGAUAUCAUUACCGCAAUCUUCACAAAGCUUGCCAGGAUCAAUUCCGAGUCCAAGUACGAUAUUUCGCUUUCCUCAACCAUCAACGUACGAGAUCGCAUUCCCCAACUUCAAGGCGAAAAGGGUGAAGGAUUUGUUCAUAACGCCGUACACUAUGCAACAGCCAACUUCGCAAUCAAGCCCUCAACAGAGCUAGACGACAUUGCUCUCCAGAACCGAAGAGCCGUCAACAAAGCCCUAGAGGAAUCGGAUAUCAAAGCUGGAGUCAACACUCUCCGAGAGCUCGCUAAGGCGAACCAAGUCAUGCUUAUCUGCGAACCUCACCAUAAGCUCUACAGCUCUUCAAACUGGAGUGGUUCAUGGCAUGGAAUAGACUUUACGAAAGCAGCGCCUAAGUCAUAUGACUUGUCAAGCCAUAGGAAAGAGAUGGUUGUUCUUGGACAGAGCAAGACGCUAAAAGCGCCGAUGAGAUACCGCGUUGUGAUUAUGUGUCGAACAAGUGAAGGCUUCUGGUGCGACUUUGCUGCGCCAGUCGAGACCAUGGCCUUGGUCGAUAAGUUUAUUAGGUGGGAUCCUUCGCUGGGAAUUCUUUUAGAGGAGAUGGAAUCUUACGGCACUUCCGAGAGUCGAAGAGCGUUCAAGUCAAACUGCGGAGUCCCGCGGUCAUUGUCAUUUUCUUUUAUGCUGCAAGCAAAAAGGGGUUCUCGGUCAGAACAAUAGCUGAUCUCUCAGCCAAAGGUUUCAUCUCAAGUAUCAGGGAAGAUAACCAUGUAUUGCCUAUAUAAAUUACUUUGUGUUAUUUGCAUUCAUGUUGGGUUUGAAGUUUCUUUUAUCUCCCAGCCUUAUGUUACUACCAUAGGUACUUAUUUCU